AGAUAAUAUAAACUAUCAAUUACCCUCCAGAAAAAUCAAACCAAUUUACAUUCCAGUUAUAAAUAUUUGAGAUGCCCCUUUCUUUUACCCUUGACAAUACUGGAUAUUAUGUUUUUCCCUAUCUCAGUCAAUCCUGAAGAACUGUAUGGUAUUUUAUCAUAUUUCACUGUUAUUUAAUUCAUAUUUUCCAGUGCUUGUUGGCAGUUCACAUAUUUCCAUUGAGGUGAUCACCCAUUUCUUCCUUUCUGUGUUAAUGACAUUAACCAGUAAUCACAUAUGCUGCAAGUGUUUUCCCAACUCAUUAGGUCCUGUUAACUUUAUCCUGUUUAAUUUUUUUUUGGUGAUUUGAAAACUAUACAGAAAUUUUUAAUUUUGCGUGUAUAUGUUUAUUUCAAACUAUUGGUUUUUCCUUUUUUUUUUUUUUUUUUUUUUUUGCUUUUGUGUUUUCACGGGCCUUGGCCAUGUUAGGAUCAGCUAAACUUUCUUCUAAUUCUUUUGUUGUGGUAUUCAUUCUUUAACUUUUUAAUUAACCUGGAAUUGAUUUUGGCACUUGAUAUGCAGUAGGCCUCAGAAUACUUUUUUUUUUAAGUUUAUUUAUUUAUUUUGUGAGAGAGAGAGGGAGGGAGAGAGAGAGAGAACCAGCAGGGGAGGGCCAGAGAGAGGGGGACAGAGGAUCUGAAUUUGGCACCAGAGAGCCGGAUGUGGGGCUCCUCCAACCAUGAGAUCAUGACCUGAGCCGAAGUCAGACACUUAACCGACUGAGCCAGGAGGCGCCCCCUCUCAGAACACUUUCUAAUGACCACUCCUAGUUAUUGCUUCCAUUCCUUACUAAUGCCCCGUACAGUGUCAAAACCCUCAACUUCUGAGACACAGUAAUUGCAUGGGAAAUAAAACUCAAGGUCAGAAAGACCUGGAUGCCACAACUCUGCCUCCUCCUCCAAAGCUAAGCGUCUCCUAAAGUGUCCCGCUGUCUUUGCACUGCUGGAAGAUUAAGGGACCCAGAGCCCCUUUGCCUUGGCAGUCUGCUCUCAGGGAUCCGGCGCAAGGAGCCCCCACCUGGCUUCCCAAAGUGCCAGUUGGAGUUCUGUGUACUGCUGAGAACUCCCCAGCGGUUCUACCUGGCCACGUCUGAGAAAGUGCUUUUGUUAUCUCCUGUUCAGUACCAGCCUAACAAGUGCACAGCCAUCUCCGCUCCCUUCCCCCUUUGUCAACUUCAGACACUGGGAAAGCGCACAGGUAUUCCAAUUAAGCCAGGAACUUAACUGGUGCUAAAUUUCAGGCUAGCCAAGACCAGUUCUAAAUAGGUCAGAUCCCUACUUGCCCCGGAGUGGGGGCGUGCCUCUGGCUUGUGCCCUUCUUUUCCCAGAAAGAUGGUGGGAGAUUCAUUUUGUCUUAAGAAAUUCGGGGAUUCAAAGCUUGAGUGGCUUACUCUCAACACAUUCCUGAAAUCAACAGCAACUUCUGAAAGCUCGCCUCUUCUCUGCUCACCAGUUCUCCAACAGGAUCACGAUCAUUGUCCCAAAAGCUCCGCUGUGGGGGUUGAAGUUCACCUGUCAUUCAUGAGGAUGUUUGACACUCUCAGGUCCUUCUUGAUGCAUGCCUUUGGUAUUUCCUCUGCCUCAACUUGGUGUGAUGAGAAGACCGAACGACCACAGAAUUCUGGCCAAGCACAAGUUAACUUGUUUUCUGAAACUGAAAAAUGGUCAAUUUCAAGAACUAAAAUGAAGUCACUUUACACAGAGCCGGGAAGAGGAGAGCAUAAUCCUCCUGACCAGAAACCAGUCCAUCAUCUGCCACCGGCUAGACCCAGUGGAUAUUGGUGCCACCGGCCAUCCAGGAAUCUGAGAUGGGCACUGAUUACUUGCCCCAGUUCUCCCCCCAAAUUACUGACCCUGCUUUCUGCUUCAGAUUGGCAACCUAAUAAAUUGCUGUUGCCAUCACAGAGAGGACUGAAACUUUGCACUCCUUGGAAAGAGAGAAGUACGAUAACUGAGUCAUAGGGUGAAUUGAAUGCUGUUUGGAACAAGGAACUAGGUGUCUUGGGCUCCUUUCCCAGCACCACACCCUGACUGGCCUCCAAGACCCGCUAGGCCUUGGGGCUGUUGAUAAAUCCCCUUGAUUCAACAGGGUGUUUGGUUGGCCUGGAAGACCAAUGUCUGUAAAACCAGAAUCCCCAAGGCAGGUCUUGGGUCACCUGUUACGGGGGUUUGGAUUUAAGAGCUAAAGGAUUUUAUAGACAAAGAGGAAUCAUCUAAACAAACUCCCCUCAUUUUACAGACGAGGAAACUGAGACACAGAAAGGUUGUUGUCCUUGUUUAAGGUCACAGAGUUAGUUAGUGGCAGAGCUGGGAACAGAACCCCAGUCACCUGAUGCUUAGUCUGCUCCUCUUUCCAUCACAAAACCCCAGAACUUAGAAGUUCAAGGCUGCUAAAGUGUUUAACCUUAGCUGCUUGCUGAAGUAGGGUAGAAAGGGACCAGGUGUGUAAGUGCCGAUGUUGAUUCUAGCUUUGGACCACCUAUCCCUUUUUUCUUAAGCAAAGUUAUUUCCUUCUUGCCUCUUCUUCCCAGUUCAACAUCAAUCCGUUUGUAUAAGAGAACAAGUCAGAAUUUUCCUGGAUUCAGCUCCAUGACUUCUGCAGAAAUUCCAACAUAACUAACCACUUAGAGGUACUCAGUACAAAAACCAAUAUGCACUUGACACUGAAACAGGUGGUAGUAUUCCUUUGUUGCUUCUGUCUCCUUGUCUCCUCUUCUUUUCUCUGUUUCUAACAGAACCCCAUGAUUUAGGUUGAGCUUGACCCUACACUCAGCCUUACUCCAGUUAGUGUAGGCCAGAAUCUUAGACUCUAGGGAUUGAUUCAUGGAAGGGCAAUCCAGUCCCGUGGAACUCAAUUUUAGGGUAUUCACUUAAACUUUUGAGGAAGAGGACUCUCUACAUCCUGCUUUGUUGAAUCUGGAAACAAGGAGUCUCAGGAGUUUCAGGAAGACAUUUUGCAACCACAUUGGGCUGGCCUGUUGAAAUAAGUGUUACUUAGGAAACAUUACUAAGAAAAUGACAGACAGAAAAACCAGGUACCAGGCAUGUCAUUUGAGCUGCUGAAUUACUCACCUGUCAUUAGUUUUAUAUCUGAUUGUUUUAGUGUGUGAUUAAAUGUUUUUUCUUAUUCAA